CGUCACAGGCACACCUUAAUUACCUUUCGCACGACAAGGUGCACAGUACACGUCUGUGGAUAUACGGAAGUGAGACGAGGAGCAGUUUUUUUUAUGGAAAGAUGAAUCUUAAUUGUUCUUGGUUGAUUUUCAUGAUGGCUUGAGGCCGGACAGAGCUGCACGAGGUAUUAUGUGUGUAUUUUCUUGUUGGAUGCAGUUCCGUUUGACCGAGCGUCACCUCGACUUCAACAACUUCCAGCAUGUUCUUCAAAGCUGUGGAGGAAAACAUUGAGCUGGGGGACAGACAGAAGGACGGUUACAGCACUGAGCCUUUACUUCCUUCAACGCCUGUCCAGAAGACGUUUGACUAUGUGCUGGUGGCCCACAAGGUGAAUGAUGACACGGACCAGAAGGCUCAGAGACAGAAAGCAUUCAUCCAGGAGCUAGAAAAGAAAAAUAUUGCGGUCACUACGAUCAUUCAUGAUGACAAAGUGUUUUUUGGCCUCCGUGCUCCACGUGAGAUGUUUGAAGACUACCAGUACCUGCUCAAAGUCUCUGACUCCUGUAACUGGUGUGGAGAUGUGAAGGGUGCUGUCACACAGGCUACCAGGAUCCGAAUUGUCAACUUCAUCCUUUAUCAUACUUAUAUCAACACAGGAGAGAACCUGGAUGAACUGUUGGAGAAGGAUGUCUUUGAAACCAUCUUCUGCCUCCAUGAGAGAAAGAAGCAGAAACGGUUGAAGAAGAAGUGGGCUCGUUGGUCGGGUCUGUUCACAGGCCAACCAGUCAGCGAUGUCAGGUGCUAUUUUGGAGAGAAGGUGGCUCUAUACUACCUGUGGCUGGGCUGGUACACCAAGCUGCUGGUUCCAGCUGCUGCUCUUGGUGUUGUGGUGUUCCUGUAUGGUCUUGCCUUUUUCAACACCAACCCUCUCAUUAAGGAAGUGUGUGAGUCCAACAUCACCAUGUGUCCUCGAUGUGAUAAGACGUGUCAAGUGUGGCAGCUGUCGGACACAUGCACCUAUGCAAAGGUGAGCCAUCUGUUUGACAAUGAGGGCACUGUGGCAUUUGCAAUGUUCAUGGCAAUCUGGGCCACUCUGUUCUUGGAGCUGUGGAAGAGACACAGAGCCAGACAUGUUUGUGAGUGGAAAGUCUAUGACUGGUGUGAAGAGGAGGAGGAACUGAUUAUGGAAAUAGUCAAUGAUCCACACUGUAAACCCAAACAGUUUAGACACUCCUACAUGCGCAGCACUCUAGUCCUCAUUCUGGUAACACUGAUGCUGAUGCUGAUCAUCGGUCUCGCUCAGGCCUUGGUGGUGUUUCGAGUGGUGGCUGCCCCUUUGAUGUCUCAGUGCGAAUGGAAUUUUAUCAGUGAACACGCCAACCCUCUGGCUGUGAUGCUGGGAGCUGUUUUGCACUACCUCACCAUCCAGAUCAUGACCCGAGUAAACAGAUGGAUCUCCCUCAAGCUGUGUGACAUAGAGAAGACGAACUCAUUUGCUGCCACAGAGAGGAGCUUCACUGUCAAGAUGUUUACCUUCCAGUUCUUCACUCUCUUCUCCUCACUCUUCUAUGUGGCCUUCUUCCUGGGCAGGAUAAACGGUCACCCGGGAAACUACGUGCGGAUUGCUGGAUGGAGACUGGAGGAGUGCCAUCCUAGUGGUUGUUUGACAGACCUCUUCAUCCAGAUGGCUGUCAUCAUGCUGCUCAAGCAGACUCUCAACAACAUCUUUGAGUUCACUGUGCCCUGGUUGAAGAGUUGUGUGAGCAGAAACACUGCAAAGAAGCUGCAGAGGAAGUGCGGUCACUGUUACAGGAAGGCCUGUCGUGAUGAAGAGGGUCGUGUUGAACCGUGUGACAUCUGCAAACUUCGGGACUGGCUGCGUAACUAUCACCUGGCCAACACCGAUGCCUUCAGCCUGUUCAAUGAGUUCCUGGAGAUGGUGGUCCAGUUCAGCUUCACCACCAUAUUUGUGGCAGCCUUCCCCCUCGCCCCCCUGUUGGCUCUCGUAAAUAACAUCUUUGAGAUCCGCUUGGAUGCCAUCAAGAUGGUCCGCCUGGAACGACGGCUAGUUCCUAGGAAGACCAAUGACAUUGGUGUGUGGACGAAGGUGUUGGAGGCCAUUGGUGUGUUGGCAGUGAUUGCUAACGGUCUGGUCAUUGGAGUCUCAUCAGAUUUUAUUCCACGCCUUGUGUACCGCUACCGUUAUGGGCCAUGUGCUAAUGGAAGCACCGAUACACACUGCAUGCAGGGCUACAUUAAUGACACUCUGUCCAUGGCAUCGGUGGCACACCCAGCAGUUAGACUGGACUUUGUUGAAAAACAGAUGAUCACAGAAAAUGGCUUAAAUGUCACAGAAUGCAGUUACAGAGACUAUAGGAGUGAUGAAGACUACACUCUGACUUCUCAGUUCUGGUUGGUCUUGGCUGUGCGCUUUGCCUUCGUCAUCCUGUUUGAGCAUGUUGUGGUGGUCUGCAAGUUUGUAGCAGCAUGGUUUGUGCCCAACAAUCCUAUUCAGGUGAAGAACAAUCGGCUGCAUGACAAACUUGAACGGCUGAAGGAGGAGCUAAGGGAAAUGAAACACGGCAAAUCAACAGAUGUCUGACAUCCCAUAGCUGACGUCAGGUUUUCUUCCACUGAUGAAUCCUGACUGGACAGUUGAAAUGUCAAAGGGAAAGAUGGCGUCUUGUUUUUAUCAUUUGUGUUUGCUUUUGGAACACUUGUUGGAAAGUACAAUGUUGUGUGAGGCUUAUGUGUCUUGUGUUUAUUCCUGAUAACAUGUCACCACAACACAGUUCCAAACCAUGUCAUGUUUUUAUAUUAAAAUGUAAGAAAAAAUAUAUUACUGUCAUUUAAUCUUGUUAUUAAGUUGUUGUUUUUGUUCAAAGAAGCAAAGACUUAUUUUGUGAGGUAAAAUUGUUUGCAACCGCAAACAAUUGAGUCUGUUAACUUUUUUUAGAACUGACAGCAAUUAACAGACAUCAGGUUUCUGACUUUUUUUUAUUAUUGUUAAUGGUAAACACUACACAGCCCUAACAACCUCUACAGAUGUCUUUUUUGCAUGUAAUAUCAAUGACCUGUUCUUUUUCAAGGUUCAUGUUGUCAUUUAUUGGUCAGCAUAGAGGUUGCUGGGAUGGGUAUUGUUUUUUAAUACACAAUACGACUCUGUGCAAAUGAUACAAUACAGUUAAUUUCAAUUAAAUUAUUGCCAACAUUAAUAGCAUUUUAUCAGUUAUUUCAGUAGAAAUAUGUUUCAUCCUUAAAUAAUCUACAAGAAACCAAUAUAUUGCCAUGUAGAAGGUGAUGCUUCAAACCGAAGACCUUUUAACUGUACUUAUCAUCUAUGCUCGUGAAUGUUCUUUUUAUUUGCUGUCAUCUGAUUGUAAUUGUAAUACUGUAUGAUUGAGCCUAUAUAAAGCAGAGACUGAGCCAUG